UUUAACAGGGAGCCGGGUAGAGGUAGCUAUACUGACCUUUUUUAUGUAAAGCCGUAUCACCGGAUCGCACCUUACCUCGUGGGCAUUGCCCUGGGCUACAUGAUUCAUAUAAAAAAAAAAAAAGAAUCCGGGAAAAAAACCCGUUGGUAAGUAGCCGGGGUCGAGGAAGAAAUUACAUUGUAGAUGACAACGCAAAAGGUGUAAAGAACAAUCUUAACAUACUAGCUGUAAAAAAAACCUCAUAGAAGAAUGAACUUCCCAUAUGUAUUUAUCAGAACCAUAGAGAGCGCAUUUCGAUUGGCUAACGUUGAACCAGAACCGAAGUAAUCUCAAUAGCCAAGCAGAAGAAAGGAGAGCUUCAGAAGGAGCCAAUAAGAACUUCACGUAAAAAACAAGCAAACUGCUUGAAGCGUGGGAAAAUACGAGUAACUAAAUCGCCGUUGGUUUUCAUUUUGGAUCUGAUUGGUUGAAAAAAUCACACAAGUUCUUUGGACCAAUCACGGCGAUAUGAAAGAAAACUUAAGCAGUCCCGGUUAGUUUCGACUCUAAAAUCUCCUAAAAAUGAGAAAAGAACUUAACUGCUGCUUUCAAAUUAUCUCAUGUUGUUUUGUCAUGUCUUUCAGAGCAAGAUUCCAAGACAGGUAGAAUGCCUUGUUAGUUGGUUUCUCGGUAUUGCACUGGUUGUUUCAGCUGUAUACGGUGUGUAUACAUCUUACAAAGAAGACGGCCGGCCUUUCAACAAGGCUGAGAAUAUCAUUUAUGGCACCUUCAGACACUUUGUUUGGGGUCUGGCCCUCGCUUGGGUUAUCUAUGCGUGUAACAAGGGUUAUGGAAGUAAGUGUCUCACAUGAUUUCCAAUCAUCAAAAAUGCAGCGCUGUUUAAGUCACUUUAGCAAUAAUCAAAUAAAUUUGAGAAUAUAUUGAAGGUCUAGAAAUGAGUAAACGAGUCAAGAGAAUCAGAAGGAAGUCACGUUACUGAGAAACAAUUGGUAGAGCAAACUCGCGAGUUUUAGCAUUGACAGGGAUAUAUAUUCUUAAUUCAUUCUAUUAAUAAUUUGUAUCUGUAAAUGUCAGUUAAUAUCGUUUACGUUAUCUACACCAAGUCAUGGCCAUACCACCUAAAGAAAUACGAUAAAGAUGAAACUCAGAGACAAAUAUAAGUGGUUUCUAUUAUUCAAACAAAUAGAGAAUUAAAGUUGUUUUUCUCAAAGCGUUUUCCGUCGGAUAAAACACAGAUUGAGUUGUAGUUGACUGACUGACUAAAUGAUCAACUGACGAACGGGGGGACGGACUGACUGAUUUGAUUAUUUAAAUCUCAUAUGAAGGUUUGGUGAACAAGUUUCUGUCAGCAUCCUACUGGAUUCCCCUAAGCCGUUUGACUUACGGUGCGUACCUUCUUCAUGCAAUCGUUCUCAUCGUCUAUUUUGGGUCUUUACAACACACCACGGAGUACAGCGAUAAAAAUCUCGUAAGUCGUGUUCAACUGCAUGCCUUAUAUCAGAAUGAGACCUUGAAAUGAUAUUAUUCCCAGGUGUCCAAAAUGGGGGCCUCUUAAAGUGGGAACAUAUUGUCCGAGUAAUGUUGGGCCGAACGAGGAAACAUUUUGCUGAUGGCGCUAGGUCCGCACAUCUUGACCUCGAGCCAAAUGUUUUCCCGUCUGCCCGGACAUAACUCGUUCAAUAACCACUUUAUAAUAUGAGCGCCGCUCUUUCACAGACCACCUUUCUUCUCUCAGCUCGCUUCUUACGAGGUGGUAGGGAUUUUUUUUGGUCAACGGCUCUCAAGUAGAGAUUCUGUAAUGUGUUUCAGUAAAAGAACGGUCAGGGCCCGACAGCUAACGAUAAGAAAAGACUUCUUGAGAGCCACCAUUCAAGUCGUUUCUAACUGAAACGAAUACCAUUCACUUUAUGCGUUUCUUUUGGUUAAAAACGUACAAGAUUUGAAACGAAAACUCAAUAAAAAUCUCGUCCAAAAUAGCUUGAAGUGUCAGCUAAUCGCAAACUUUUUAUUUUCAGGCAUUUUAUUAUGUUGAUGUGGUAGCCAUGUCGUACGCAGCAGCUUUCAUUCUCGCCAUCGGCGUGGAAUUUCCCACAAUGCAGUUAGAAAAUGUGUAG